AUGGCCGGCAGCAACACAUUGCUUGAGCAGGAGUUAUACGGAUUUUUUGAUGGAGACUUUCCAAUUGAAGAAGUGGAGAGAGUGCUGAAGAAAAUGGGCAGUAAUAUCUCUCCUGGCAAGGUUGGUAUCACAUACUCAUUCAUUAAGGCAUAUUGGAGCAUCAUAAAAGCUGAUUUCUGGAAGGCAUUGAAUCAAGUCGAUUGCUAUGGGGAGUUGAACAAAGAAUGGAAGGAAACUCUAAUUGUCCUAAUACCAAAGGUAUCAAAUCCUCUUCUUCCUUCUAACUAUAGGCCAAUAAGUCUAUGUAAUUUUGUAUACAACGUGAAAGCAAGGGUGUUAUUAAAAAUGUUAAUUGAGGACAUUCCAAAGCUUAUUUCAAUGGAGCAAGCGGCAUUCAUCAGGGGGAGAUCAUUGUCAGGUCAUGUAUUGGUAGCUCAGGAAAUCUUCCCCAAGCUCAUGUUCUCAAAAGCUACUAAAGGACUAGUUUCUUUCAAGGUAGACAUGGAACAAGCUUAUGAUUACAUGUCCUGGACUUCUCUCUGA